AUGUUUUCACCAGGGCAAUUAGUCUGGGCAAAGAUGAGGGGCUACCCACCCUGGCCUGCAGGGGUAAGUAGUUUGAAAUCAAAGCAAACCUUUUUAUGUCGCUUAGCUUUGUGGAACUCAACUCUUUCAUUUGCUGUUUUCUUGUCUCCAUUUAGAUUGAUCUUCCUGGACCAGAAGAAAGAAUGCAUGCAAAUAAAUUUGCUAUCUUCUUCUUCGGAACACGCGAAACGUAA